GACUUUGUCCCCAUCAACUGAAAAUCGUUGAUCACUUUCCCGUGAUUGAAAUCUCAGCGACAUUGGAAAGGAAACUUCCAUCGCGAUUGUAUUUACCAAAUGAACUUUCAUACUUGCGGUUAUUUUUAGAUAGGGGUUGGGGGCGGGUACGUUGGUGUUGUAUUUGUCCGGAAGUAUUUACCUGUGUUACUCGCGGACAAGUGAACAAGGAGUGAGGGGGCCGGCGUUUUUUUUCUUCUUGUGGGGAUUGGAAGCGGUCGCAGAGGCCCAGGCUCCAGAGAAGGAGAUUGUUUCACUGGUAAUUCAGAUACCUAAGGGUCAGUGUGAUCAUCUUUCCUCAACAUGGGUGGUCUUGGAUGGAAAAGCAGAUCAAAUGUCACAUUUGUUCUCGGUAUCAUCUUCGCCCUAUCUUGUCCAAUUACCCAAGCAGCUAGAAUAUUGGUCGUGCCUGUUGAUGGAAGUCACUGGAUUAAUAUGAAACUUCUAAUGGAAGAGCUGAACCUUCGUGGCCACAACAUGACUGUGCUUUGUUACUCCACAACCUGGUUCAUCAAGGAGAGACUCGAUCUGUAUCAAACCAUCAUAGUUCAAGCACAAGAUAAUUUUGUAGCUCCUUCAAGGAAAGAAAUGAUGGAGAAAUUUGUGCUAAUGUCACUGGACAGGUUACAGAAUAGUCACACACUAUGGGGCAGAAUAAUGUUACAAUAUGUAAUGGGUACGUUUCUGUACGAUUUCCAUAGUCUUUAUCAAAAUUUCAACACGGCAAUCUUUGAAAACAAAACCUUGUUGAAUCAAUUUAAAAAUGCAAACUUUGACCUAAUACUCACAGAUCCUCUAUUUGGCAUUGGGUCAAUGCUUGCGUAUUAUUUAAAAGUGCCGCUGGUGUACAACGUUCGAUGGCAGAUCAGUGGGGAAGCCCAUUUUCUCACUGCCCCGUCACCACUUUCCUACGUCCCAUUUCCUGGCUCAUUUCUCACAGACAAAAUGGAUUUUUUCCAAAGAACAGAAAAUGUCAUUCACAGUCUCUUUCAACACUUGAUUUCUGAGUUUGUGGUGUAUCCACGUUAUAAUGAAUUAUGCCAUCGGUAUCUGGGACCAGACACGGACAUCAAGUCGAUUCUCCUCAGAGCUGAUGUAUGGCUGGUGAGGGUGGAUUUUGUGUUUGAAUUCCCAAGACCCACCAUGCCAAACAUUGUGUACAUCGGAGGCUUCCAGUGUAAACCAGCACGGCCUCUGGCAGCAGAGUUUGAGGAGUUUGUCCAAAGCUCAGGGAAACAUGGACUUGUUGUAAUGUCAUUGGGUUCCAUUGUCGACUCUUUACCAAUGGAGAUUACAAUGAAAAUAGCAGAAGCUUUAUCUCAAGUCCCCCAGAAGGUUAUCUGGAGAUAUGAUGGUGAGACCCCUCCCAAUAUAGGGUAUAAUACACUGCUGGCAAAAUGGAUCCCUCAGAACGACCUGCUGGGUCACCCCAACACACGAGCCUUUGUUUCACACGGAGGCACCAAUGGGAUUUAUGAAGCCAUCUACCAUGGGGUGCCAGUGGUCGGCAUGCCUCUGCUUUUUGACCAAUUUGACAAUUUACUCAAGCUCGAAUCCCGAGGAGCAGCAAAAGUGAUCAACAUUGCAACCAUGCAUUCCACAGAUCUGUUGCAGGCACUCAACGAGGUGAUAAACGGCACAUCUUAUGGGGACAACAUGAAGAGACUCUCCGCUCUCCAUCGGGACCAGACAGAGUCGCCAAUGGAGAGAGCCGUUUUCUGGGUUGAGUACGUUGCCCGACACAAAGGAGCGGGGCAUUUGCGCUCAGAAUCCCACCGACUCCCCUGGUACGCUUACUAUUGUGUAGAUGUGAUGAUCUUUCUGUUGUCUGUGUUACUCCUGCUCACUGUGCUGGUGGUUGGAACACUGAAGAAACUUUGUCGUAUUGCACUGAAGAAAAAGCAAAAAAUUCAUUAAGGUUUCUCCUUUUGAAAUGGGAGAAUGUCUUUACAUUUUUUGCAAUUACAUUUUAGUAAACAAUUUUUAAUCAUAGUUUCUCCAACACCCCACCUAACAUUUCUCUCGCAACCCAUUCCCAUUACAGCUAAUGUGAAUUUUAAUAAUGUCUAUUCAGAAAUUAUAACAGAUAUUUGCUGAAUGUAGUUUCCACCAUCAACCAACUGUACAUGAAUUAAAUGUGACAAAAUUGACAUGUUUUUGAAAUAGUCUUCAAACAAAACCUAAAAAACAGUU